UUGUCCAGAUGACAGUAAAUAGGUUAAAUUUGUUAUUUUGAUUUCAUAUUUAUAUAUUUACUGCUUUUUAUAAGUUUCCUUGAAAAUUUUUAAUUAUAAAAAUGCCAUCAUAUGAAUUGCUUUUGGUUUUACGUCGAAUGACAAGGCCUGAGACUGUUACAGCGCUUAAAAGAGCUGCAGAAAGUAUACUUGAUAAAGGAGGAAUUAUUCGCAAUAUGGAAAAUUUAGGCACAAGAGCUUUGCCAUACAAAAUUAGUUGCCAUGACGCAGUGCACCGGGAAGGUUCAUAUUUUACAAUAUUAUUUGAUACUGCACCGAAUAAUAUUGAGAUAUUAAAGGAAGAAUUUAUCCGAGAUGUUGAUUUCGUACGAAGAAAUAUUUACAGAGUUGAAGAAGAAGAAAAAAUCGAAUGUACGUUAGCCGAAGAAUUAUUACCUCCAGCAUAUAGGAAAGAUGUGAAGGAAAUGUUAGAAAUAUCAGCUAAGAAGCAAAAAAAGAAAUUCAAUUACAAUUCAGGUCUUGAUUACUAUCCUUUCCAAAAAUAAUUAGAUUAAAAACUUGAUUAUAGUAAAGAAGAAAUAAAUUUAAGUAGAUAGAUUGGAGUUCUAUUGAUUUUAAUUUCUUUGGAAUGAAUUAUACCUAUUAGGCA